AGGUGUUGGGUAGAAUUGUUAAUGCUGUCAAGUUUAUUGUCAUCAUGUUUUGUGUGUAAUCGUUAUACGAUUGCGUAGUUAUGUAUUCUUAAGAUUUGAUUAAAGAAUUAUUGAACAUUAAGGAUUUUUAAUAACGCAACUUUUCUUUGGUGUGUUUUUUGUUGUUGGACAAAUAGCGAAUAUGUUUGGUAAAAAGAAAGAAACGCAGAAGAAACAACGUGUACCUAGAAAUAAUCAAAGUUUAGAAAAGUUUGGUAUUUUUGAUAUACCAGAUAAUUUGGAUGAUCUGAGCGGACCAAUCGAUUAUGAUAGUAUCGACGAUGAAGAUUUAGAAGCAGAAUUAGCUGCAUUGACAGUUAGCGGUCGACCAAAAAGACCAGCACCUAAACGACCGGCUCCAAAUCCAGCUAUGAAUUUGGACGAUAUGAUUAAAGAAAGUAUGAAAGAUAUUGAUUCUGAUGAAGAUUUAUCUGGUGAUGAAAAUGAUCUUGUUUUGUUGGACGAAUUAAAAAUAAUCACAGGAGAUGUAGCGGAGGAGAAAAUUGAUACGGCAGAUCAUACGGAAAAUGAUAGUGCAAAUGAUACGAUUAAAUUAUUAGAAGAACGUUUGGCUAUGUAUAAAAAAGCAGAACAAAGGGCAAAAUCUAAUAACGAAUCGAGUAGAGCAAGGCGAUUUGUUAGAGGUAUAAAAACCUUGGAACAAUUAUUGUCAUCGUGUAGAUUGGGAAAUACGAUCGAUGAGAGUGACAUCCCGCCAGCUCUUCCAUUAUCAGCUUUAGGAGAAUCUGUUCCAAAGCCAAAUACAGGUAAUGAAAUACCAAGUUCAGAGGAAUGCGUUAAUCCUCCAGCAGAGGUGGCUGUAACACCAAGGGACAACUCACUAGUUGAUGAGCAACAGUCGGCAGGUCCAUCGGCGGGUCCAUCGGCAAAUGUUGUCGAAGAAUCGCCGGCGCCUGAAGUUGAUAAUGAGACUUUAAACAUGUUAAAAACUCGGCAGAAAGAAUAUAAAACCGCGGCUUUGAUGUGGAAAAGGGCUGGUAAUCAGGAGGAAGCUUUAAAGUACAUUAAAAUAUCUAAGCAAUUCGAGACCGUGAUAAAUGCAAUUUUACAAGGGAAUACAAUUGAUUUAUCAGACAUGCCAUCGUCGCCAAUAUUUCCAAGCCAUACGUCUAUUUCCGUUGAGCCUGCCGAAGAAAAUAAGGAAGAGAGCUCCAAUCAGACGACUGCUGCUAUUCAGCCGGAUACAGCACCGGCCACACCACAAUCAACGGAUAGUCCGCAGUCUUUGGAAAAUGCUCUUAAGGAGCGCUUAGAAGUUUAUCGUCGUUCUAAAACAGUAGCGGAAACCGAAGGGAAUUCAUCCAAAGUUAGAAGAUACGGUCGUAUAUGUAAACAAUUUGAGGAUGCUAUAAAAUUACAUGCUAAAGGUAAAACAGUUCCUAUAGAUGAAUUGCCAACACCACCUGGUCUCCCUCCACUUUCUAAUAUUAGAGGAUCUACCGAGGCUACUCCAAAAUCAGCUCCUCCCAAUCCAUCGGAAGCAUUGAAAUCGAAAAUAAACGAUCGGACGGAAGCAUCGGAAGCAUCGGAAGCAUCGGAACCAUCGGAACCGUCGGAACCGUCGGAACCGUCGGAACCGUCGGAACCAUUGGAACCGAGUUCGGCAAAAGCUUCGACACCAACUGCACCUCCACGAGCAAACAUGGAUAAAAAGAAAAAAUUAACAUCUCGCGUUGAUAAGCAAAUUGAAGUAUUACAACAACGUAAAUUAGAAUUAAAAAUGGCCGCCUUAAGGGCCAAAAAAGACGGUGACGUGGAUUUAGCUAGAGAUUACCUUAGACAGGCUAAAGGAAUCGAUCCACUGCUUGACGCAAGUCUAUCCGGCCUUCCUGUUGAUAUGAAUUCAAUUCCACUGUCACCCGAGGCGAAACUUCAACUCGAAGAACAAGAAUAUAACGCGGCAAAUAUAAGCGACGAUAGCUUUACGCUCAUCUCAUCGAUGGACUGUGUGGAAGAGGCCACGGGCACUGAUCAAGAGAUUUAUGAAAAUCUUAAAGAACAAUUGAAAAAACAAAUUAAAUGGUGUUUGACAACGAGAGAUCAUUGUAAAGCUCUUGGUGACGUUUCAAGCUACAACAAAUGGGAACGUCUUGCCUUAGAUUACAAAAAAGAUCUCGACAUGUUGAGAGUGAUUGAGCGCAAUAAUCUUCCACCGCCCAAACAUCAUUACGAAAUUAAAACUUAUUCGAUUGUGCAAUGCUGCACAGAUUUGGCUGACGCUGAUAUUGAAAUUUCAAUUAUUAGAGGUGUAAAUUAUCCCAAAGAAGUUGAUAGCUACGUAAUCUUUGAAUUUCCCUGGCCCAGCGAUGCCCCGACAAGCAAUAGAACGUCAACGAUAAGGGGAACUAAUAAUCCAGAAUAUGACGUAACUGUCCCGUUUACUGGAAUUAUCGAUAGAAAAUCCCGACAAUGCCUAAGGCUUUUCAAAAGGCAUUCGCUCAAAUGCCAAGUGUGGUCCAAAGGAGGAUUUCUACGGGCCGAUAGUCUGGUAGGGACUGCAAACAUUAAAUUGCAACCUCUAGAAACCAAAUGCAUUCUACACGAUUCAUUUCCUCUGAUGGAUGGUCGAAAAGCGGUGGGUGGUAAACUAGAAGUUAAAAUAAGAUUACGCAAUCCGAUAUUAACGAAGCAAAUCGAACAGAACAAGGAUAAGUGGUUGACUAUUGACCAUUAAUAUAUUAUUACUAUUGGACGUAUG